GCUUAAGGUGACUUGCAAAAUUUCUGAAUGGGUCAUUUUUUCCAAUGCUGCCCACCAGCCAUACUAAACCCACUAUGGAGCAAUGGACGGUCUACACCAUUCUCCAAGAAUCAUUUUAUCUCAUUAUCGAACAAGUGCCUCCUUAUCAUUUAGAGAAUGAGAUCGUGAGACAAUGCUCUAUGCUUGGCAAGGUUCUAGAGCAUUCACAACUGCAUGACCAUGCCAAUGCGUCCGAUCUCUACAACGUGUUUUUGAUCAAACUGGAUACCAUUGCCAGUGCGAGAAAGGUGAAACGAAAAUUAGACGAUACUGUAUUUUAUGGUGGCCAGAUUCGAGUUUAUUAUGCUCCCGAGCGCGAAAGCGUUCAGGAUACUCGUCGCAAAUUGAACGAGCGACAAAUGGCUGUCCAUCACCACUUGAACCGUCGCCCCACCUCACGAGGUUCAUCCCUUCAGAACCUAUCUUCUGAAACAACUGAGAACCAUGAUAGGAUGCCAACCUCCCUCAUUGGCCCGCAAGUCUACCCUUCCAGCCAAUAUGCAGUGCCAAUGGAAAUGAAGAAACGUCGUCGUAGAAUUUGAAAAAUUUCGUAGUUGAGCUCCUUAUUUUUUUUUUUCACCCCAUUGACACUCAGAAGCAUUUUUUUUUUUCUGGCCAGUAUUGUUUUUAUUUUUUUUUAACUUUCGCCCUUUCUUACAUGCUCCCAAUUGCCUUCUCAUUCCACUGACAUUGCCGACCACUACUCUGGUUUAAGGCACUAGACACAUA